AUGGGGCCGGCCUACCAACUCUUCCUGUGUCUCUUGCUGUGCGGAGUCGCCAAGCUAUGUUGUCCCCAGCCUCUGGAGCUCCUGCCAGGCAGAACUCCGACCCCAGUAAGGCCCACAUCAUCUGUGGAGGUGGACUGUCUGGAAGCUGAGUUCCUGGUGACUGUCAGUAGAGACCUUUUUGGCACCGGGAAGCUCAUACAGCCGGGGGACCUCACCCUUGGCUCAGAAAGCUGUCAGCCCCUGGUUUCCGUGGAUACCGAUGUGGUCAGGUUCAAGGCCCAGUUGCAUGAAUGCAGCAACAGGGUGCAGGUGACAGAAGAUGCUCUGGUGUACAGUACCUUGCUGCUGCAUGAACCCCGCCCUGUGCGUGGCCUGUCCAUCCUGAGGACUAACCGUGCGGAGGUGCCCAUUGAGUGCCGCUACCCCAGGCAGGGCAACGUGAGCAGCCACGCUAUCCGGCCCACCUGGAUUCCCUUCAGCACCACUGUAUCCUCAGAGGAGACCAUGGCUUUUUCUCUCCGCCUGAUGGAAGAGAACUGGAACACUGAGAAAUUGUCACCCACCUUCCACCUGGGAGAGGUAGCUUACCUCCAGGCAGAGGUCCAGACCGGAAGCCACCUGCCACUGCAGCUGUUUGUGGACCACUGUGUGGCCACACCUUCGCCAGACCAGACUGCCUCUCCCUAUCACGUCAUUGUGGACUUCCAUGGAUGCCUUGUGGAUGGUCUAUCUGAGAGUUUUUCUGCAUUUCAAGCCCCUAGACCCCGGCCAGAGACUCUCCAGUUCACAGUGGAUGUAUUCCAUUUUGCCAAUUACUCCAGAAAUAUGGUCUAUAUCACUUGUCAUCUCAAAGUCACUCCAGCCAACCAGAUCCCAGACGAGCUCAACAAAGCCUGUUCCUUCAACAGGACUUCCAAGAGUUGGCUGCCAGUAGAGGGCGAUGCUGACAUCUGUGAUUGCUGCAAUAAGGGCAACUGUGGUAGCUCAAGCUAUGCAAAGCACCAGGCCCAUGAAGUGAGCCAGUGGCCCAAGCCAGCUUCUAGAAACCGCAGGCACGUGAGAGAUGAAGCUGAUGUCACUGUAGGGCCUCUGAUCUUCCUGGGAAAGGCAAGCGACCGGGCUGUGGAAGGCUGGGCCUCUUCUGAUCAUACCUCUUUGGUUCUUGGCUUAGGCCUAGCCGCAGUUGCAUUCUUGAUCCUGGCUGCUAUUGUCCUUGGUGUCACCAAGCAGAGUCACACUACUUCCCAUGUUGUAUCCCUUUCACAAUAA